AUGGCCGAUCUGCUCUCCAUCUCCGCCAGCGUUGCUGGUCUCAUCACAAUCGCUGAUACAGCCUUUCGUCGAACAUUCAAGUAUAUCAAGGCUGUCAAGGAUGCCCCAAAGAGAAAUCCGCCUUCAUCUAGUGGUCAAAACAAUGCUCAACAAACAGCUGCGUUACUGCGUCAUUGGGCGAAAGUUGACAGCGCCGAUAAGGGAGUCGUUGAAGAGAUACAAGCACUGGCCUCAGAUGCCGAUCAUUCCGCAACACCAAAGGGGCUUGCACGACCCGAUUUUGCGUCAGUGCCUAGUCGGACUAUAGCUACCGAUUCAUGCAGCUCUCUCCGGAUCGCUGCCGAAUUUGGACAUCUUAGCAUCGUCCGAAACAUAAUACAGGACGACAUACACGAAAUCGACGCGGUAGACAAGAGUACAGGCCGGACUUCUCUCCAUUACGCUGCAAAGGCAGGUCAUGUCGAGAUUGUACAGCAAUUGCUAGAGCGCGGCGCCGAUUGCAAUGCUAGAGAUAAGAAAGGAAAGACAGCACUACACUACUUUGAGGAACAAUACGAAAGCCGUAAUUGGCUUCUCGACAAGAACAAUUCGAGCAAGCCUGUACUCAGUAGGGAAAUAGCUCCACUCAAUGAGGCACAUGAUAUGGGAACUGAUACUGGGCUGACACCUUUGCACGUUGCUGUGGACGCUUGUGCGCUAGAAGCAGUCCGAUGCCUUGCCGAUGACGGAGCUGAUGUCAAUGCGGUUAUGGCUGAUGGUUCAACGGUGCUCCAUUGCCUUGUCAGUAGCAAAUCCAGGAUACUGAGCUGUGAGGUCGUCGAAUCUCUUCUGGCGAAAGGUGCAGACCCUUGUAAAUCGCGUGCGGAGGGCAGGACAACUCUCCAUGUUCUGACAGAGUGGGACAAUCACUUCGAGGAAACAAGACUCCCGGUACUCCAACGACUUGAGGUGGCUUCUCGUGGAGCGAUACACGAAGGGUCCGAGAUUGCUCACAGGUACUAG